AGUGACCGACUUCUAAUCAAAGGAGGAAAGAUUGUCAACGAUGAUCAGUCAUUUUAUGCAGAAAUUUAUGUGGAAGACGGUUUGAUAAAUGAGUGAUCCAGGAUUAUAACACUGACUGACAAGGGAUAUAGGUCACAUUGGAGGUGUUAUACUGGUGAGGGCCUCAUGGUGUUCUUCAGUACCAUCCAAUAGACAAAAAUCGGAUGAAACUGGGUUGAGAAAGUUUUCAAGGCAAUGUUUCCUCAAUGGAGGCAAAUUGGUGAAAAUCUAAUAGUUCCUGGUGGUGUAAGAACUGUUGAUGCCUAUGGCCAGAUAGUUAUGCCGGGUGGAAUAGAUGUCCACACAAGACUACAAAUGCCUGUAAUGGGAAUGACCUCUGCUGAUGACUUCUAUCAAGGCACAAAAGCAGCCCUAGCAGGGGGAACAACCAUGAUAAUUGAUCAUGUAUUCCCUGACUCUGGAAUGAACCUACUUGCUGCAUAUGAUCAAUGGAAAGAAUGUGCUGAUAGCAAAGCUUGCUGUGAUUAUUCACUGCAUAUUGACAUCACUCGCUGGCAUGAGAGCAUCAAAGAAGAGCUGGAAGCCCUAGUAAAAGACAGAGGUGUGAACUCCUUUCUAGUUUUCAUGGCGUACAAAGACAAACUCCAGUGCACUGAUGCCCAGAUGUAUGAAAUAUUUAGCAUUAUUCGAGAGUUGGGUGCCAUUGCCCAAGUUCAUGCUGAAAAUGGAGACAUCAUUGAUGAGGAGCAAAAGAGACUGUUGGAACUUGGGAUUACAGGACCAGAAGGGCAUGUUCUCAGCCACCCAGAGGAGGUUGAAGCAGAGGCAGUGUACCGUGCAAUCACAAUAGCAAAGCAAGCCAACUGCCCCUUGUAUGUCACAAAAGUAAUGAGCAAAGGUGCAGCGGAUGUCAUUGCUCAAGCAAAAAGAAAAGGCACAGUUGUGUAUGGAGAGCCCAUUACAGCCAGCCUUGGCACUGAUGGGUCACACUACUGGAGUAAGAACUGGGCCAAAGCUGCAGCCUUUGUCAUGUCUCCUCCAAUCAGUCCUGACCCUACUACACCUGAGUAUCUCUCUUCACUGUUAUCCUGUGGGGAUCUACAGGUUGCAGGCAGUGCUCACUGCACAUUUACCACUGCACAAAAAGCAGUAGGAAAGGAUAAUUUUAUCCUUAUUCCAGAAGGAACAAAUGGCAUUGAAGAAAGAAUGUCAAUAAUUUGGGAAAAGUGUGUGGUUUCAGGGAAGAUGGAUGAGAAUGAUUUUGUAGCUGUGACCAGUACAAAUGCAGCUAAAAUCUUUAAUUUUUAUCCCAGGAAGGGACGAAUUGCUGUAGGCUCUGAUGCUGACCUAGUUAUAUGGAAUCCCAAAGCUACAAAAAUUAUUUCAGCGAAAACCCACAAUCUGAAUGUGGAGUAUAAUAUAUUUGAAGGAACAGAGUGCCAUGGCGCUCCUACUGUGGUUGUAAGUCAAGGAAAAAUAGUGCUGGAAGAUGCAAAUCUCUUUGUCACUCAAGGGUCCGGUCGCUUCAUUCCUAGAAAGACUUUCCCUGAUUUUGUUUAUAAAAGAAUAAAGGCAAGAAACAGGCUUGCUGAAAUUCAUGGUGUCCCCAGAGGGCUUUAUGAUGGGCCAGUUCAUGAUGUCAUGGUCACUGCUAAAGCUGUGGCCCCCACUUCUGCUUCAAGGAUAGCUCCCUGCUCAGGCAAAAUACCAGCUCCUCCUGUUCGUAAUCUGCACCAGUCAGGAUUCAGCUUGUCUGGGUCUCAAGCAGAUGAUCACAUUGCAAGACGUACUGCUCAAAAAAUUAUUGCGCCCCCUGGUGGACGUUCCAAUAUCACAUCUCUCUCCUAAGCAUUCUAAAUUAGUUGAUGUACUGAAUGACUUUUCAAAUAAAUCAUAGUUUCUACUGGAGCAGAUGGUUUGGGGAAAUGCAUUCUUUAACAUCAUUCUCUGAUUUCCAGAUAAUAUGUCUUUAAAGGACUGUGCCUUGUUUAUACUCACCCAGAAUACCUUGUUCUAUGAGCUGUGAUCUUAACAAGUAGUUACAUGGACAUUCUACGCUGCCAGGGCAAGGGACCUGGGUGAAGUGUACACCAAGGACAUAUGAAAUUAGUUUGCUUUCAAGCUCAGGAUAAAAUUAAGUGUGUACAAGUUUCCUCACUCCCAUUUUCUCCAAGUGGAAAAUAGCCUAGAAAUACACAAAGUAGAGAACUCUUGUCAGGUAUUAUAAAUAUAUUUCUUACUCAAAUAGUUAUUCAUCACAUCUUUAACACAUGCCUAUCAACAAUUAGAAGUACAUUUUAAAUUAUUUACGGUGCUGCUCGAUGUCUUACCACCAGGACCAAGCGGAUGACAUUUUGUCUUGAAACGUUUCUUUGUUUCUAACAAUAAAUACUGCCUUUUCUUUUCUAAAGAAUUUUAACUGAUAAAGACUUUCAACUCUAUAUGGUUUUUAAUACUGUUAAUUAUAUAACUUAUGAUUACAAUGAUCAAUAAACAAAAAUUUAUAUCUCAUUGCACACGCCUUUGGCAUGUGUUAGGAACUGCCACCCUAUACAUGUAUGACAGCAUGAGUAUAAGAAUAUAAAACAACAAAGUGUGGUCUAAAUGUUCAUGAAGUUAGUUGUCUUAGUGUCAUUCUAGAAUGGGUAGAGACAUAUUAAUGCAUCAAGUUUUCUGAGUUUUUUAAUAGUUGUAUUUCUGGAACCCAGAGAUGACAGUGGGAGUUCCAGUGUGUUUUAGCCUUUUUGUUAGUCUUGUUUUUUAAAGUUUAUUUAUACAGUUUUCCAAGUACCAAGUGUCAGUCUUAUAAGCCAGAAGCAGGCAGAUUUAAUGGCCAGUUGCUUAUGAUGGACUCUUUUAUAAGCUGUGUAUAGUAAAUGUGAUCUAAAAUGCUGAAUCACUCCAUAAGACUAUGCAUGUACCUAUAACAAAAUGACUCACUAUUUGGUUCAUGUUAACCCCUGUCAAUAAAGUUUGUUCAAAAUCAUCAAAGUUAUAAAAUCACUUGAUUCAUUUUAA